AUGGGUAAAAUUGAGGACAUUCCCUUUAGGGUUGGAAAGUUCACAUUUCCCAUGGACUUUUAUGUGCUAGAGAUGGAUGAGGAUGAGAGGAUUCCUAUAAUAUUUGUUAGACCAUUUCUAGCUACUUCUAGAGCAAUCAUCGAUGUGAAGGAGGGUAAGAUGACCUUAAAAAUUGAUAAAGAUUCAAUUGAAUUUGAUUUGAAUAGUGUCAUGCAACAACCUUAUUCAAGUGGUGAAUGUUUUAGAUUUGAUAUUCUUGACAUCGUGCUUAAUGAAUUUUCUCGCUCCCAUUUGCAUGCUACUAAUGAUCCUCUUGAAAGUGUAUUAUUCAAUGAAUUCAAGAUAGGUGCUCAUAAGAAGGACAUGAAAUUUUAUGAGGAUUUGCUUGAGGAAAGAAAGAGGGAGUGCAAGGAUGAAAGCAUGGAGGAAGAGGCUCCUUUUAUUCAUGACCUCUUUGAAGUUGAAGGAAGAGAAGAGAGCCUCAAUGGUAAGAGAGCACCAAAGGAGAAAUGCCAUUUUAUGGUAGAAAGAGAAAUUGUUCUUGGGCACAAGAUCUCCUAUGCCGGCAUUGAGGUGGAUAAAGCUAAGGUUGAGGUCAUUGAGAAACUUCCUCCCCCCACCAAUGUGAGGGAAAUGAGAUAUUUUCUUGGCCAUGCCGGGUUUUAUUGGUGUUUCAUUAAAGAUUUUUCAUUGAUUGCUAAACCUCUCACAUCUUUCUUGCAACAAGAUAAAGAGUUUAUGUUUGAUGAUGCUUGCCAAGAGUCUUUUUGUAGGUUGAAAGAGGCACUUUGCACAGCCCCCAUCGUCCAAGGACCGGUUGGUCUUUACCAUUUGAACUCAUGUGUGAUGCAAGCGAUGAGGCUAUUAGAUCGGUUCUUGGGCAAUAAAAGGGAGGAAAACUACAUGUCAUUCACUAUUGUUCCAAAACUCUCAAUGAUGCUCAACUGA